GCUCAUCUCAACUUUGCAUCUGCUCCUCGAUACCAUCAGCGACAUCCGCAGCUAUGUCCAUGCUGCGCACCCCUCGCCACGAGUACGGCCCAACGGCAGCCACCCCCUCCAGCUACGCAACACCGCGCGGCCCUGCGCUAGGCUCGAGCGUCAACGCCAAUUCCCACAACGCUCUGACUGCGACGCCGGGUGGACCCUCGUCCUCCUCCUUCGACUUCCUCCAGCAUCCCCUCUUUGCCGACCCCGAAUCCCUGCAGGGAGGCCUCCAAUUUGAUGGGCUCUACGCCAAGAUGGCGGGCUUCAAGGAAAAUCUGGACAACUACGUCGAGGAGAGCUGCGCGAGGUUGGAGGAGGCGAGGCUGGAGCAAGGCAGGGUAAAAGAAGAGCGUGAGGCGCUCAUUCGCGGGCGCGAGAAGGAGGUAGAGGCAGAGAAGAAGGCGCAACAUGACCUUUAUGCGGCAAUCGCAACGGAACGCAGCGAAGAUGCUGAAGCUCGCCGCAUCCAAUCGGAAAAGGAGCGCUACGCUCACUCCCUCAGCUCGCAACUCUCCGACAUCCAAAGCGAGCUCGACGCCCUUCGCCAGCAGUUUGCCCUGCGUCGCGAGGAGAAACAGCGCAUCGCCACCAAGCUACGCAGUAUGGCCCGACUCAAUGUGCCUGAGCGUGAACUCCUAGAGAGCAGGACGGGUUGCCGUAUCGGUAGUCCUGGGGAGGAUUUGAUCUCCUUUACUUUCACGCACCUCAGCGCAGAGAGACCGGCAGAGGAAGCCUACUUUGUUUUUGCAAUUCAGCGCAGGACGUACAGUAUGCCCGUGGUGGAGCCGGCGUUGGGGGCGGGGGUUGUGGAGGGGUUGCUGGAGGAGUUGAACAGGAGUCGUAAUGCGUUCAAGUGUAUCAAGGAGAUGAGGCGAUUGUUGAAGGGGGAGGUCGAGAGGGGGAGGAGGGUGGCGAGGGGGUUGGACGAGGCGGUUAGGGACUUGCGCGUGUGA